GGGAGCAACGGUACAAAACAGCUGGUCACCGAACGGAACUACGCGAAGAAAGAUGUUGCGCGUUAUUAGCGCUGCGGUUCGAGGUAUCGUGUCACAUGUCAAUGUAAAUAAUGUUGGAACCCUUGUGUUCAAAGAAUAUCCAAAACUUAUUACAAAUGUUACUCAAAUUCGAGGCUUCUCCCUUUUAUCUACACAGUCAUGGCUAAAUAGAGAUAGGAUAAACGAUAAAUCAUUAAUUGGUGCUGUAACACCGUAUGGAAAUAUUUUAUCAUCCGUGCAAGAUACAACAAUUACACCAAAAAGGACUGUAAUCAAGUUUUCUGCGAGGAAAGGAAAGAGAAAAACUGUCAAAACAGUUGUCAAACGGUUUUACAGGCUAAAUUGGGGUAUAUGGAUACGAAGAUAUUGUGCGCAUAACAAACAUAUGUGGAGAAAAACAGAAGGGAGAAAACGUAGAUUACGUCAACAUAUUUUCACUAAUUCUACACAGUCCUGGUUACUUGAUACAAUGGUAACAAAAUAUUGGAGACGACCAUCAUUUUAUGUUGACGAUCCCUAUAAUCCGUAUCAUCAAAGAGAAGAAUUUGCAUAUACACGAAGAAAGCCUUUUGAUUAAAUUGUUUACUCUAAACUUACUUAA